CUCGCCGAGAAAAAUAAACAAACCGCAGUGCGAGUUGAUAACGUAAAGUGAAAACAAGCCAAUCGUUAAAAGCGCUAGCGUUAAUUUCAUAACGUAAAAAAAGAAACAACACAAAAAACUUUUUCCGAAAAACAAUUACUCAUUACGAAUGGCAUCAUUUAAACAGAAACGAAUUAAAAAGGAAUUAAUGCAGCUAAUCAAGAAACCACCACCGGGGAUUUCGGUCGAUAUGUCAUGUAUAGACAAUGAUUUGGCGCAAUGGACAAUGAAACUUGAUGGAUUUAAAAAUACCCUCUAUGAUGGGGAAUCCUUUAAACUGCUUUUCAGAUUCGUUGGAGAGUAUCCAUUUGAAUCGCCGAUAGUAACAUUCACUGGCGAUAAUAUUCCAAUUCAUCCUCAUAUCUACUCAAAUGGUCAUAUUUGUUUAUCUAUACUCUCAACGGAAUGGUCACCAUCGCUUUCCGUCGAAUCUGUAUGCAUAAGUAUAGUGUCCAUGCUGUGCAGUUGUCGAGAUAAACGUCGACCUCCCGACGACGAACGUCAUGUAAAAUUUGCCAACGAAAAUCCCAAAUUGACUAAUUGGUAUUUCCAUGAUGAUUCUGUCUAGGAAAGUACUUACCCAAUGGCGAAAACUGCAGUUUUAUACUCAAAGUUGUCUUCGUUGCUGCUUAUAUCUAAAAUAAAAAUUCUUAUAUAUAAAAAUCAA